AUGGACGUCUCACUGAGCAUCCCUUCAGCACCAGCGGCUUCCAUGCUGGUGGACAAGGACAACAUGAGCGAUGACAAGAUCUCAAUCUUCAUCCCCAGGUCUCCUUCCAACAAGACCAAGCCACUAGGGUUUCAACAAAACGAGGCAUCCGAUGAUCCACCUCCACUCUCCGCCAAGAGCAUGACACUUGCACUCAUCAAGAAGGUGGUAGCAGAGUUCCUGGGGACAUUCCUGCUCAUCUUCACCGUGCUAUCAGCGCUCAUCAUGAACGAGGCACACAAUGGUGCGCUGGGCCUGCUCGGCGUGGCGGCGAGCGCGGGGAUGGCUGUGGUCGUCAUCGUCUCCUCCAUCUUCCACGUGUCUGGAGGCCAGCUCAACCCGGCGGUCAGCGUCACCAUGGCCGUGUUCGGCCACCUCCCACCAGCUCACCUCGUGCCCUACGUCGUCGCUCAGCUCCUUGGAUCCACGGCGGCCUCGUUCGUGGUCAAGGCGCUCUAUGAUCCGGUGAACCUUGGCGCUACCGUCGCCACGGUGCCUAGAAUCGGCGCCUUUGAGGCGUUUUGGGUCGAGUUCAUCACCACCUUCAUCCUCCUCUUCGUCAUCACCGCUCUUUCCACCGAUCCCAGAGCAGUAAAAGAAUUGAUAGCAGUGGGAGCUGCGGCGGCAGUGAUGAUGAGCGCUCUCAUCUCCGGGGAGUCGACCGGAGGGUCGAUGAAUCCGGCGAGAACGCUAGGAACGGCGAUCGCCACGGGGACGUACACCAAGAUCUGGAUCUACAUAGUUGCUCCUCCGCUGGGCGCCAUUGCCGGAUGUGGAGCUUACCAUGCGCUCAAGUGA